UGUCUGGGCCCAGUUGGGGAAGGCGAAACUGGGCGCCCAAGGAGCACCCCGUGAGAGGGCGGAGCACUCCCGUGCCCUGGGGCAGGGGGGCAGGGAGCUCCCGCGCCCGGAACGUUGCGAGCAAGGCUUCCGAGCGUCGCAGGGGGGCACUCGCGAGGGACGGACAGGAAGAGGGCCAGGGGGGACGCCAGAACCCGGGACCACAGCACGGAAACGGCCCGGGGCUGAGCUGCAGUCAGAUCCGGGGAUGGAGGGAGCCGGAGAAGAGGAGUGAGAAGGCCGGGGAGGCAGGCCCUGCUGUCCUCUUGCAGGCAGGCAGCCUGCUGGCAGUGGAGGACCAGGCCGCCCAGGAAAGGAAGGGGUCAGGAGGUCGGGCAGAGCCUCAGCAGGCUCAGACAAGGCCCAGCCCGAGAAGGGAGCUGCAGGCGCCCUGGUGUCCAGGGCCCAGGCGUUGCCCCGGUUGUCCAAAGAGAGCCUAGGCCAGGCCUCUGGUCGGGAAACUGAGUCACAGCCAGACCCCAGGGCACGGCCUAGACGUUUACGAGCCAAGUUAGGGGUAGAGCGCAAGGACCUUCGGGGGUCUCAGGGAGUAGGGGGCUUCAGGGCCUCCCAGUCCACAGCCGGAUUGGCGAGUUAGACGCUUGUAGAUCCAAGGUUGGAUUGGGGUGGGGUCUCUGGGACGUUGGCUCGCUACUCAAGGAUUGGGGGGAUUCAAGUGCUUAGAGAUCGAAGUCUGGCCCUGGGUAGGGGGAGUCAGACAAUUGGAAAGCCUAGGUAGUUAUUUGGGGAGGGGUCUUUGCGCUUUGGCGAAGCGCAAAGCUGCGCCUUUUUGGCUUGAGGCCUUAGGCCUCGUCGAGAAGCUUCUGUGAAAGGGUGGGCCGGCCGGGCCAAGAGAAAAAAAGUGAAUAAAUCAGGACUAUAAGUGGGCGGGGGGCCCCUGAGAGGGGGUCACAAAGGGUGAGACAUGGCCACCAGGCGUUUAACCGACGCUUUCUUGUUGUUGCGGAAUAAUUCCAUCCAAAACCGGCAGCUGUUAGCCGAGCAAGUGAGUAGUCACACCACCUCCAGCCCUCUGCAUUCACGUAGCAUUGCUGCGGAGCUGGACGAGCUUGCUGAUGACCGUAUGGCACUGGUGUCAGGCAUCAGCCUAGAUCCAGAAGCAGCAAUUGGAGUGACAAAACGGUCACCUCCUAAGUGGGUGGAUGGAGUGGAUGAAAUUCAGUAUGAUAUUGGCCGGAUUAAGCAGAAGAUGAAAGAAUUAUCCAGCCUUCAUGACAAGCAUCUAAACAGACCCACCCUGGAUGACAGCAGUGAAGAGGAACAUGCCAUCGAGAUAACUACCCAGGAGAUCACUCAGCUCUUCCACAGGUGCCAGCGUGCCGUGCAGGCCCUGCCGAGCCGGGCCCGGGCCUGCUCCGAGCAGGAGGGGCGGCUGCUUGGGAACGUGGUGGCCUCGCUGGCGCAGGCCCUGCAGGAACUCUCCACCAGCUUCCGGCACGCACAGUCGGGCUACCUCAAACGCAUGAAGAAUCGAGAGGAAAGAUCCCAGCAUUUUUUUGACACGUCAGUACCACUAAUGGAUGAUGGAGACGAUAAUUCUCUUUACCAUCGGGGUUUUACCGAUGACCAGUUAGUGUUGGUGGAGCAGAACACACUGAUGGUGGAAGAGAGGGAGCGAGAGAUCCGCCAGAUUGUACAGUCCAUUUCUGACCUGAAUGAAAUAUUUAGGGACUUAGGAGCGAUGAUUGUAGAACAGGGUACAGUCCUUGAUAGAAUUGACUAUAAUGUUGAACAGUCCUGUAUCAAAACGGAAGAUGGCUUGAAGCAGCUUCACAAGGCAGAACAGUAUCAAAAGAAGAAUCGGAAGAUGCUUGUGAUUUUAAUAUUAUUUGUCAUCAUCAUUGUGCUCAUUGUUGUCCUCGUUGGCGUGAAGUCUCGAUAAGUGGCAUUGGGUUCUCGUGUGUGUCGCACGCAUGCAUCUCCCGGUGUGAGGGGCUUGGCCUGCGCGGGCCAGCUGCUGUCAGAGGUGCAGCCCCGAGGAAUCCGAGGGCGUUGGGGCAGAGAACCUUUCCAUCCACGGACUCCUCCUCCACUAGUCCUGCUCAAGCGGUCCGCGGAAUGGGCUUUUGUUUUUCCUUCAUUGUUGAGAAUUUAAGGACCUUUGAUACUGCUGCACAAUAGAGAUUGAGUUCUGUGAUCAGUUAUAAUAUAUAUUUUUCUUAGAGAAAGCGAGCUGGACGUUUGCAGGGACUGCAGAAGCUGUUCGGUGUUACACGUGU